GUGGCGGUGAUGUUGACGCAGCUGCUGCGUCGCUGUCGCGGGGGCUUCGUGGAGCCAGCAGGUGAUCACGAAUGAGCGGUGGCCGUGGCGCAGGCGAUGGAGGCGAAAACCCCGGACAGCUCCCCGCCCGACCUGAAGCUGGUGGCGCACCCCCGCGCGAAGAGCAAAGUGUGGAAGUACUUCGGCUUCGACACCGACGCGGAGGGAUGCAUUCUGCAGUGGAAAAAGAUCUACUGCCGCAUCUGCAUGGCUCAGAUCGCCUACUCCGGCAACACCUCCAACCUGUCCUACCACCUGGAGAAGAAUCACCCCGACGAGUUCUGCGAGUUCGUCAAGAGCAACACCGAGCAGAUGCGCGAGGCGUUCGCCACCGCCUUCUCCAAGCUGAAGCCGGAGACCUCGCAGCUCACCCCGCAGGACCCGCUGGCCCCCAAAACCGGGUACGGCCCCGAGGGCAAGAGGCAGCAGGAGCUGACGGCCGCCGUCCUGGGUCUCAUCUGUGAGGGGCUGUACCCCGCCUCCAUCGUGGAUGAGCCCACGUUCCGGGCGCUGCUGAGGACGGCCAACCCCUGGUACGAGCUGCCCGGGAGGAAGUUUUUCUGCAGCAAAGCCCUGCCCGAGCGCUACGCCGCUGUCCGCGAGGCGGUCCUGAAGGAGCUGGCCGAGGCCACCUGGUGCGGCAUCUCCACCGACCUCUGGAGGAGCCCCAACCAGAACAGGACGUACGUCACGCUGGCCGCCCACUUCCUGGGCAGCGGGCCCCCCGGCGGCCUGUCCCCCAGCUCCCGCUGCCUGAAGACGUUCGAGGUGCCGGACGAGAACACGGCGGAGACCAUCACCCGGGUGCUCUACGAGGCGUUCAUCGAGUGGGGCAUCGGCGCCAAGGUGUCCGGGGCCACCACGGACUGCGGGAGGGACGUCGUGAAGGCCUGCUCCCUGCUGGACAUCUCGGUGCACAUGCCGUGCCUGGGCAAGACCUUCCACGCCGGCAUCCAGCAGGCCCUGCAGCUGCCCAAGCUGGCCGGGCUGCUGGCGAGGUGCCGGCGGCUGGUGGAGUUCUUCCAGCAGUCGGCCCUGGCCAGGUACAUGCUGUACGAGAAGCAGAAGCAGCAGCGGCGGCCGAACCGCAUGCUGCUGAGCGACCGCGUGUGCUGGUGGGGCGGCACGCUGGCCAUGCUGCAGCAGCUCAAGGAGCAGCAGUUCGUCAUCGCCGGCGUGCUCUUGGAGGACAGCAACAGCCACCACCUCAUGCUGGAAGCGUCCGACUGGGCCACCAUCGAGGGGCUGGUGGACCUCCUGCAGCCCUUCAAGCAGGUGGCCGAGAUGCUGUCCGCCUCCAAGCACCCCACCAUCAGCAUGGUCAAGCCCCUUCUGCACAUGCUCCUCAGCACCACGCUCAACAUCAAGGAGACGGACUGCAAAGAGAUCAGCAUGGCCAAGGAGGUGAUCGCCAAGGAGCUGGCCAAGACCUACCAGGAGACGCCCGAGAUCGACAUGUUCCUCAACGUGGCCACCUUCCUGGACCCCCGCUACAAGAAGCUGCCCUUCCUGUCCGCCUUCGAGAAGCAGCAGGUGGAGAACAGGGUGGUGGAGGAGGCCAAGGGCCUCCUGAACAAGGUCAAGGACGGCGGCUACCAGGCGGCCGAGGACAACCUGUACGGGCUGCCCGAGGAGCCCCCGGCGAAGAAGCCGGCGCCGCCGUCCACGCCGCCGCCGCCCGCCAGCGUCAUCAACAACAUGCUGGCGGAGAUCUUCUGCCAGUCGGGGGGCGUCGAGGACCAGGAGGAGUGGCACGCCCAGGUGCUGGAGGAGCUGAGCAACUUCCGGUCCCAGAAGGUGCUGGGUCUCAGCGAGGACCCGCUCAAGUGGUGGUCGGACCGCCUGGCGCUGUUCCCGGUGCUGCCCAAGGUCUUGCAGAAGUACUGGUGCGUGGCGGCCACGUGCGUGCCGCCCGAGCGCCUCUUCGGGUCAUCGGGCAAUGUGGUCAGCGCCAAGAGGAACCGGCUGGCACCCGCGCACGUGGACGAGCAGGUGUUCCUCUACGAGAACACCCGCGGCGGGGCGGGGCCCGAGCUGGAGGACGAGGACGAGGGGGAGUGGGGUCUGGACCACGAGCAGGUGUUCACGUUCGGGGACGCACUCCAGAGUGGCUUCUUUGGCAUCAGGGACAGUGGCUUUGUGUAGCAGGGGGCCCGGGAUGAGGCGUGGGGUGUCACGCUUUGCAAUAAACACUGACCCCCGUGGCCCGGCCUCGUGUGGCUCUGUGGACUGAGCGUCAUCCCACGGACUGAGAGGUGUUGGUUCGAUUCCCGGUCAGCGCACAGGCCCGGGUUGGGGGGCGUGCAGGAGGCGGCCGAGGGAUGUUUCUCUCUCUCCCUUCCUCUCUAAAAAAAUAAAUAAAAACCUAUUAAAACAAUAAUAGUGAUCCUGUGUCGGGUUGUGAAAAGGAGGGAAAUAAGAAAAAGACAGACAGGACUUCCAGGAACCUGCCUUUCUGGUGGAACGAGACUUUUCCUCGGCAGCCCAACUGGGCUUCCAGUGAAACCAACUUACGGUGACCUGCAGAAGCCCCCGACGUCUGCAUCCGGGACCCCUCGCUCCGAAUUUUCAAUGCUCAUCUGCCCAACAGAACAGGGACAACAUAAGCCACUUUCCAGUUCGUGAAUCUCCCCCCC